AUGUCAUCCUCACCCCCGCUCACUCCACCUACCGCCCCUCUCCUCCCUCGCUCCCAAGCGCCUCGCCCUAAUCCUCCCACUUUAUCUGGUCACUCCCAAUCUUCACCUUCAGUCACUACUAGUAUCUCGUCCCACCAGCGAGCAAUCACAGCUCCCGGUCUAGUGAACAGAGCACCGUCCGCCCCAUUAUUCACCUCGUCAGAUCUCACUACCUCUUCGUCGUCUUAUGCAAGUGGAAGUGGAAGUUCAAGCAAACCUUUAGUUACCCCUACAACAUCAAAUUCAAAUACCAAUUUCGCUUUAGGAGCUCUUGGUCCAGCAUUCAAAGAAGGCGUAAAUCAACAGAACCAAACUCAUCCAUUAUCGAAACAGGGUUUGACAGCUUCUUCUUCUACCUCCGUCUCUGGACUUUUGUCCUCAGCGUCCGUACAAGGUCUACCAAAUAGUAAUAGUAAUCUACAUACACCAAUAACUCAACCAAAUGUGCUAUCAGCAUCGAAUGCUCCCAGUGUGAAUCAAACCCCUCAGACAGGAGCGAGCAAGAUGGCAGCAGCUGCCAAAAGAGGUUUGGACGGGAUCAUACCUACGCCUUCGGCUGUGGGAUUAGCAAAGAUGCAGACGCAGGAGGAAGAAGAGGGUCAUCCAUUAAGUGAGAAGUCACUGAAAGAGAGAGACUAUCAAACCAUCCACACCCUCAAUCGCCUAUUUCACCUACCCUCACGUUGGAAGCUCAUCCGUCCGUUAGGUCAAGGUGCCUACGGAUUAGUCAUAAAUGUUCAAGAUACCUAUUCUGGCGAGCCGGUAGCUGUAAAAUGCAUAACGAGGGUGUUCGAUAAGGUUAUAUUGGCUAGAAGGGCUUUAAGAGAGAUAACACUUUUAAGACAUUUUGGAGGACAUGAGAAUCUAACUGGAUUGAUAGAUCUUGAUAAUGUCUGGGAAGGAUACAAUGAGAUAUAUCUGUAUAUGGAGCCGAUGGAAGCGGAUCUACAUCAGAUAGUGAGAUCAGGUCAAGCAUUAAGUAAUAGUCAUAUACAAUAUUUCCUGUACCAGUUAUUACGUGGAAUGAAAUAUAUACACACUGCCAACGUGAUCCAUCGUGAUCUCAAACCCGGUAAUCUCUUGGUGAAUUCAGAUUGUGAAUUGAAGAUAUGUGAUUUCGGUUUGGCGAGGGGGUUUAAACCUGUCACUGGAGAAGAAGAUCAGAAUGCCGAAUCCAAGUUGACGGAAUACGUCGCGACGAGAUGGUAUAGAGCGCCGGAGAUCAUGCUUUCCAACAAACGAUACACUACUGCUAUCGACGUAUGGUCCAUAGGUUGCAUACUAGCAGAACUGUUAGGCGGUAAACCAUUGUUCAAGGGAAAAGAUUAUGUUGAUCAACUGAACCUCAUAUUGGGAAUACUUGGAACGCCGGACGAUGAGACUUUAGCGAGAGUAAGCAGUGAAAAAGCUCUCGCAUAUAUCAAAACAUUACCACAUUCGCCUCGAGUGGAAUUUGUGGACUUGUUUCCCGAGGCUGAUCCAGAUGCUCUGGACCUUCUAUCUAAACUUCUCGCCUUUGACCCAUCUCAGCGUAUAGACGUCACGCAAGCUCUAUCGCAUCCAUACUUAGCAACAUAUCACGACGAAUUAGACGAACCCGCUUGUCCGGAGAUCUUCUCAAAAUGGGAACAAGUGGAAGCCUUAAGCACUAUAGAAGAAUUACGAGAAGCCAUCACUCGGGAAAUAGAAGAAUUCAGAGAAGAAGUGCGUACGAUGGAUGAUGAAGAUUAUUAUGAAGAGGAUGGUGAACCCGUCGAGGGCGAGGAAUCAUGGAGAGUCAACGGCCUAGCAGAGGGCGAACAAGUCGUCAUUCACGCUUCACCCAUGCCCGAUGCGAAUUUGGCUCAUGUCGAACCUGGAAUACCUAUACCAUCCAACGGAGAAGGAGUGUCGGCCAUGCCAAAAGGUCGAACCGAGAUUUCGCCCAAGGCGAAUUUCUCUCCUCUCAUUUCGUCAUCUCCAUUGGCCAAAAGACAAUCUAUCAUUGCUGCUUCGCCCGAAAGACGCAAGUCUGUCGGUCCCAAUGCCGCAGGAAACAGAUCUUUACCCAGGACAAGAGAUCAAUCUCCUGUUACGCCCGCUACGGCCUUAUCGGAAGAUUCGUUUGGUAAUCCCUUCUCAGCGUCUACGGGCAGAUCAUCGAGGAGACAAUCUGGACAUUCCAUGUCUUUCAGUAUGUCAGGUAGAAGACCGAAUAGCUUCUUGUUUAAUCCUUUCGGUCAAGGCAUGACUCCCAUGCCUACACAGGGACCUGCUGUUGGAUCAGUAGAGAUGGGAGCGGGAAGUGGUGUGUUAGGUGAGAAUGGAUUACCACUGCAACGUACAAGUUCAAGAAGUGCGACGGGAGGAGGAGGAAGGAGAAGUAGGGCACCAAGCCAAUCUGGAAAUAUCAGUCAAUUGAUAAAGAGGUUGAGUGUUGUGGAUUAUGAAGUUCCAAAUGUAGGUGAUAAACAUGGAGAAAAGAAGGAAAGUAAAGAGGGGAAUGAUCAGGAUGAAGUACCGCCUAUGACUGUUAGUCCGAGUGAUGCGCCGCCCAGUGAGGUACCGAAGAAUUUUUCGUAG